CCCGCGCACAGAAAGAAUGUCGCCCACUUCGCGAUCUCAUCCGAUGAAGAAUCCGAGUUAUCUUUUCUUCCUUUUCCGGAAAGAAGAAUCCGCUUUUCGUCUUUCUGAUUGUCUUUUUCGUAGCUGCCGUUAAGAAUAGGAUUCGUCAUCCACCGUCUCUUUCCAAGAUUUUGUAUAAAGCUUGAAUCUCAUUUCUUCCUUAUACGUCCAUCCAUUUUGAUUACGAGGAAUUGCGAUCGGCCGCUUACCUCUCCGAGGGAUGUCGACGGUCCUUCACAAAUUUGACAUCGAAGGAGGAUCUAAAUUGCAGGUUAAUGUGCUCAGGAAUGUGAACGGUUAUGUGACUAGGGUUGAUUUCCGGCUUUCUAACUGUUCCAGGCCGCUAGUUCUUCACUGGGGUGGACUUUAUCCUGCGAGCACGAACUGGGUGCUCCCAACGGAUCGUCCGCCUGGGACAAAGAACUAUAGGGACUGGGCCUUGCAGACUCCAUUUACUAAGAGUGGUGAUAUGUUUCUAGUCACAAUUGAAGUAAGGGAUCCUAAAUUGCACGCUGUUGAAUUUGUUCUUAAGGAUGAAGCACAUAACAAAUGGUUUAAACAUAAUAACAAGAACUUCCAGAUUGACAUAUCAAAGCAAGAUGUACGUCCUUCUAAUGCAUCUAUACCUCCUGAGCUGGUAGAACAGAAAGCAUACUUGCUAUGGGAGAGCAAGGGAAGGCCUAGGAACUCGCCAGAGCAAGCAAAGCAAGACUACAAUUAUGCGAUGAGGGAGCUUCAGGAUCAGUUAGCAAAAGGAAUUUCCAUAUCAGAACUUCAGAAUUCUUUGCAAGCAAAAAGCAAUGAAAAAGCUGAUUAUAAGAAAACUGAUGGACUCUUGAAUUCCCCUUCCUUUAGAAGACAUGAUGUUUCCGAGUGGUUGAAUAAAUGUCCUGAAUCACAUGAGAAGGCCACCAAAUUAUCACCUCCAACGAUGCUGAAUCUAAUUGAGAAGUCCAUUGGCCAUUUAGAUGGAGGAGUGGAGGUCCUAAGGCACAAACUGAAUGAUAGCAAUACAGAACUGACGGUUUUCCAAGGUACUAUUAAGGAAGAAAAUCAUAUGCUGUUUGUGGUGAACAUGAAAGGAAAUCUUGUGCUUCAUUGGGGGAUAGUGAAGCCAUCAUCAGGUGAAUGGUUGGUUCCUCCUUUGGAAAUUGUACCUGAAAAGUCAAGGAUGCUAGAUUGUGCAUGUCAAACUUACUUUAAGGAUAUUGCCAGUGCAGCUGGAGCUUUACAGUUCGUGGAUAUAAAUUUCGGUAGAAGCAAUGUCAGUGCAAUGCAGUUUAUACUGUGGACUGGAUCUUCCUGGAUAAAAAACAAUGGAUCAAAUUUUCAAAUUAAUCUUCAAUUACUGGGCUCAAAAUGUGGAAAGGGAUCUGGAGAAGGAGAUAAAUUUGUCAAGUGGUUGCUUGAUGAAAUUUCUGAAAAAGAGAAGGAAGCUGAGAGAUCACUAAUGCACAGAUUUAACAUUGCAACAGAGUUGACACAGCGGGCCAUUAAAGAAGGGGAGCUGGGUCUCAUAGGAAUUCUUGUUUGGCUGAGAUUCAUGGCUACCAGACAACUCACAUGGAACAAGAACUACAAUGUAAAACCACGUGAGAUUAGUGCAUCUCAAGACAGGCUCACAGAUUUAUUGCAAAGAAUAUAUGCUGAUAGAGUGGAAUUAAGAGAAAUUGUCAGGCUCAUUAUGUCCUCCGUAGGACGUGGAGGCCAAGGUGAUGUGGGACAGAGAAUACGAGAUGAAAUUCUGGUGCUUCAGAGAAAAAAUGGCUGUAAAGGUGGAAUGAUGGAGGAGUGGCAUCAAAAAUUGCACAACAACACAAGCCCCGAUGAUGUCAUAAUCUGCCAAGCUCUAUUGGACUGUGUUAAAGCUGAUUUUAAAAUAGAUGUUUAUUGGAGGACAUUGAAUGCAAAUGGCAUUACUAAACAAAGACUUGCAAGCUAUGACCGUCCAAUAAGAUCAGAGCCUUACUUCACAUCCAGUUCUAAAGAUGGUCUUGUUCGUGAUCUGACAUCCUACUUAAAGACAUUGAAGGCUGUUCACUCUGGUGCAGAUCUUGAUGCUGCAAUUGCAGCUUGUUUGGGGAAACCAGUUCACCAUCAAGAGGAUGCAGUAUUUGCACAUUAUGGUAGCAACAGUGGCCUACCCCCAUCAUUACAGGAAUCCCUCCAGUUUGUGCAAGCACAUGUUGAUGACCGUGAUGUUGGUCCUCUAUUGGAGAAAAUAUUGGUAUCUCGUGUAGCAUUACGACCCAUUUUGCUCAGAUCACAAGGAAGGUCAAAGGAUCUUUUGUUUCUGGAUAUUGCUUUGGAUUCAACUGUCAGGACUUGCAUGGAAAGAGGAUAUGAUGCCCUCAAGAAUGGUCAGCCUCAGGCUAUUAUGUACUUAUUCUCUUUGGUGCUUGAAAAUGUCUGCUUAUCAUCUGCAAAGAAUGAAGAUUUCAUCUAUUGCAUAAAGGACUGGUAUCGUGUUUGCGAGUUGUGCAAACAAAAUGGCGAGCAGUGGGCUUUACAAACGAAGGCUGUCAUGGACCGAGUACGUCUUGCACUGUUAGAUAAGGCUGACUACUACCACACGAAUAUUCAACCAAGUACACAGUAUCUUGGUGUCCUGCUAGGAGUUGAAAAAUGGGCGAUUGAUAUUUUCACUGAGGAAUUAAUACGGGGUGGCUCAGAUGCAUGCCUCUCUGUGCUUCUCAAUCAUCUUGAUCCUGUCGUCCGUAAACUUGCAAAUUUAGGCUGUUGGCAGAUCAUCAGUUCUGUUGAAGUUUGUGGCUUCGUGACUGUUGUAGAUGAACUUUUUAAGUUUCAAUCUACUAUUUAUAAGAGGCCUACCAUUAUAAUUGCAAAUAGAGUGAGUGGAGACGAAGAAAUUCCUGAUGGUGUAGUUGCUGUCUUGACACCUGACAUGCCAGAUAUUCUUUCUCACAUUUCAGUGCGUGCAAGGAACAGCCAGGUGUGCUUUGCUACUUGCUUUGAUCAAAGCAUCCUCAGGGAUCUGAGAGCAAAGGAAGGGAAAGCGAUAACUAUACGGCCUAGUGGAGGACAAUUGGUUUACAGUGAAUCGAUCAAUCCAAGUCUAUCACUUGAUUCCUCAGUUGUGUGCUCAAUUCCUCAUGGAUUCUCACUUAAGAAAAAAAAGUUCGGUGGUAGAUAUGCCAUAUCAUUAGAUGAAUUCACCAUUGAAACUGUGGGUGCCAAAUCACGAAACUUAAGAUACCUCAAAGGAAAAUUACCACCUUGGGUCCAUGUUCCAACAUCUAUUGCUAUCCCCUUUGGAGUAUUCGAGACCAUUCUGAUGCUAGUUGAGAAUAAGGAUGAAGCAAAGAGGAUUUCCUCAUUGAGCAGAUGUUUAGAUGCUGGUGACCUUUCGAAACUUCGAGAAAUACAAAAAUGUGUCCUCCAGUUGAAAGCACCCGCUCAGCUGAUUAAUGAACUCAAGAACAAGAUGAAACUCGCAAACAUGUCUUGGCCUGGUGAUGAGGGGGAAAAAAGAUGGAAGGAAUCCUGGGAAGCAAUAAAAAAGGUAUGGGCUUCAAAGUGGAACGAGAGAGCCUAUAUUAGCAGCAGGAAAGCUAAAGUAAAUCACCAGGAUAUUUGUAUGGCUGUCCUCAUCCAAGAAAUUGUUUGUGCUGAUUAUGCAUUUGUUAUUCACACGAAAAAUCCUUCAUCUGGAGACAGUUCAGAGAUAUAUGCAGAGGUGGUCAAAGGAUUGGGAGAAUCCUUAGUCGGUGCAUAUCCCGGACGUGCUAUGAGCUUUGUCACCAAAAAGUCAAAUUUGAAGGCGCCCAAGGUUACUGGAUACCCGAGUAAACAAAUAGGCCUAUACAUAAAGAGAAAAUCCAUCAUAUUCAGGUCAGAUUCAAACGGCGAAGAUUUAGAAGGCUAUGCUGGUGCAGGACUGUAUGACAGUGUGCCCUUGGACAGAGAGGAUAAAGUUGUUCUGGAUUAUUCAACCGACAAGUUAAUAGUUGAUAGAAGCUAUCAGUCCUCCAUACUGUCAAAGAUUGCAGAGGUUGGGAAAAUCAUUGAGAGUCUAUAUGGAUCUGCCCAGGACAUUGAAGGGGUUGUGAAAGAUGGACAGAUUUAUGUUGUUCAAGCGCGACCUCAAGUAUGACAAGAAAUCGCUCUCAGGGAAAUAAAGUUUGUCAAAGAUGCCGAAGCUUCUCAUCAAUAAAUAGGUGGAUAUUUCUUGUUUCUGAAAGAACCAAACCGGAUGCCGUGGUGCUUAAUCUGGGCUAUUUCUUAUCAUUGCAACGCUGUAUUUGAUAAAAAUAAAAUCUCAUUAGAAAUAAUAACUUCUGUUUCUUAUCUUUCCGUAUCUCUUGCCUUUGAUUGGUACAGAGUUUGGAAAAUGUCUAUAUAAUUCUGCUGUAGUUUAUAAACUUAAUAACUU